GUCGUUCAACAUGAAUGUGGCUGUUCUCCUCCUGGGGCUGGGGCUGCUGGAGGCAGAAGGCAGGUGCUUCUUCAAGCGCACUCAGAAGCACUGUGUGUGCUACAACCUGUCACAGGAAAACAUUGACAGCAUCAUCCAGUGCCUCCCAGCCCCUGUUGUGGAGUUUCGGGGGGGAGACCUUCAGAAAUACAUAGCCUUCCCCAUCAGUGACCCAGACCCCUCUGUCAUUGAAAUGCUGGGCUCCCUGGUGUUCAGGAAAGUCAUCUUUGGUGAUCUCCUGGUACCUGAGAUACUCCUUGCGCAAGUCCUAAAGUUCUUCUCCUACACCCAUGUCCAGGAGCUGGUGUUUGACAACUGUGUUUUUGAGGGGAGAGGGAACUGGGACAGAAUGGCUGGCCAGGACUUGCCCAUAUUGUCCCUGCGCUUCCACAAUUUUUUGGGCCGCGAGCAGGACUUCUCGAGUCUGAGCAGCUUCCUCGGGGCUCUGCAGGAGCUGUCCAUCACUGCCUCCCGCCUCGCCAGCCUGCCCUGUGCCGUCGGGAGGCUCUUCACAGCCCUGCGCUCCCUGGACACGGCACAGAACAGCCUUGGUGAUGAGAGCCUGAUGUCCGCCUUCUGCAGUGGGGCUUUCCCUCAGCUCCGGGCGCUGAGUCUGCAGCACAACAACCUGACAUCGUACCACAGCGUGUGUGAGAGCGUGCAGCUGCUGCGGGAGCUCCAGUAUCUCAGCCUCAGCCAGAACAAGCUCAUGGCAGACCCGUCCUCCUCCUCCCCGUCCUCCUCCUGUCAGUGGCCACUGUCCCUCCGCAGCUUUAACUUGUCUGACACUGGCUUGGAUGAGGUCCUCACACCUCUGCCCCCCAGUCUGGAAGUGCUGGACAUGAGUUACAACCACCUCCACGCUGUAGACAUCUCCCUCGGCUCCUUGAAGAAGCUCUUCCUGAGCCAAAACAUGCUGCAGGCUGUGCCCACCAUCAGGAAUUGCCCGCUGUUGGACACCCUGCACCUGGACAACAAUUCCAUCACGGAGCUGCCAUGGGAUGAGAUG